AUGUCGCAACCUAACUCGGAGGACAGCACGAUGCUCAUCGAGGACCAGCAGAACGGCAGCAACAUUCACGAACCAUCCCUGGGCCAAGCACAGCCAGCAUUUGUGCAGGCUCGGCAGCGACGAAAGAUUGCAGAACUAGAGGGGAAACUAGAGGCUCUCGAAUCGGGACGUACAGGAAAAGAAAGGUCUGGUCACCAUUGGAAAACGAACUACUAUCUGGCUCAAGGAAGAGGCUUCAGGCGUGUCGUCGCUUUGUUCGACAGUAUCGAGGACCUUGUCUCUGAAAACGACAGAAGAUACGAUGACAUCGACGACGAGGAUGCUACUUUCGAUCAAGAGCGGCUGCUAACAGGGUACAACAUCCUUACGAGAACUUUACCCUGGCUUCUAAAGACGACUUCUGGUAUGGAGCACGAUGAUUAUACACGCAUGCUAAAAACGGGUGCUGAUAGUGCCCGAGGAGAUGAUACCGCGAAACUCAAGGCUCUUGUUGCAGACUGGGUCAAUCGAGAAUUCAAGCCAAAUCCCCCAUUAGAUUCCGACAACAAACAUUGCCGAGGCUUCAUCAGUGAUGUAUGUGGUGGUCUACUCUGCCCGGCCGAGCUCGAUUGGUACAAUCCUGCAUAA